AUGGGAACUUGUCUAAAGAAACUUGCUGCCACACUCGUGAGCAUGUUCCGCAUAAGCAACACUGUGGUCGGAGCCCUCAACGUGCUAUCCCUUCUGCUGGGCAUCGCCGCCGUGGGCUCCUCCGCAUACAUCCACGUCCGCGGCGGCUCCGACUGCCAGAAGGUGCUGCAGGUGCCGCUCCUCGUGGGUGGAAUCUUCGUGGUGCUGGUCUCGGCCUUGGGAAUCGUGGGGUCGCUGUGCCGCGUGAACGGGGCGCUCUACGCGUACCUGUUGGUGACGUUCAUGGUGAUCGUGGGGCUGGCGUUCUUCACCGUGUUCGCGCUCUUCGUUACCAACAGGAAGGUGGGCCAGCGGGUUUCCGGCAAGGGCUACGGCGAGUACAGGGUCGCCGAUUUCUCUCACUGGCUGCAGCGCUACGUGGUUAACAACAAGAACUGGGACGAGGUCAAGAGUUGCUUGAUGGACGCCCACGUCUGCCAGAACCUCGCCCUCAACGGUGGCCGCAACAACGACUCUCUCAUUUUCAAACACUUUUCUACCACCCAGGCUGGGUGCUGUAAGCCACCAGUGUAUUGUGGAUUCAUAAUGAAGAAUGCUACGUUCUGGGAAGUGCCAAAGAAGGGUCCAGCAGCGAAUAAUAAUACUGAUUGCAGCACUUGGAACAAUAGUAAGGAGAAACUGUGCUACGAUUGCAAUUCAUGCAAAGGAGGAGUGCUGGCCAACAUAAGGAACCAGUGGAGGCGUCUCACCGUAUUCAACGCAUGUGUGCUUGUGCUCGUCACCGCCAUUUACGCCUUGGGCUGCUACGCCAUCAAAAACAACAGAUCCGAUUCCCACUGCAACCACCGCAAACCACCCAUCCCUUGAUUAAUUAAUUGGAAUAGAAAUCUAGUUUGUGUCUUGAAUAUCUAGGUUAAUUAAUUAGUUAUAUUUCAAGUAUAGUCCGUCAUGUGUUUAGGCUUCGUGUAUGUGUGCAUGGCUUUUGUGCUUUUGUGUUGG